CCUACUUUGAGGCUGCCCACAAUGGCGACCUGGCGACACUGCGCUGCCUGCGGCGGCUGGGCUGCCCCUGGGGCCUGCUGCCCGAACGUAUCUUUUCAGGGUUCUUCCUGAACGGCUUCCACCCUCCAAUGCUGGAGUGGCUGCUGGAGGAGGGCUAUCCUAUGAAUUGGGGCGAGGCAGUGAGGGGUGUAGCAAGAACGGUCGCUGCUUCCUCAUCACGUACGUCUCAGAAGGCGUGGGAGUGGCUGCGAGUUAAUAGCGACAGGGAUGUUGAGUGGUGGCAGGAUGAGGGGUAUGUGUCUGUGGAUGCAGCCAUGGAGGCUGCACUGGCGAAGUUCCGGGCUAGGAUAGGGCGCAGGUGAAUAAGAUGAGGAGGAAGAGUAUGACAAGGAGGGGGAGGAAGAGGAGCACAAACAUAAAAGAGGUUGAAGGUUUGCAUGUGAGCAUGGUAGUACUUUUACGAGCAAGGGAAGGUCUGUGAGCGAAGGGAGGGAUGCAUGAUGUGGUGAAUAAAGUAGGUAAACGAAUAUAGUAGGUGCAGCUGGGUGCAGGGUAAUGUGGUGGAUGCAUGAGGGGAGGAAGAUGGUCAUUCAGGAGAAGAUUACUUGCAUACAGAAGGCAUGUAGCUUGAGAAACCUGGUGAUGCGGACGCAAGGGCUGCCACACGUUGCCCAAAGGGAGGCUGCAGGCCAGGGGCGGGCCAGCAGGGAGUACGAGUACUUGCCAGAGAGUAGCCACACCCCACAUUCAAACACCUCAUGACAUGGGCUCCCCUUAGCUAGUGUGCAUCUUAAACCAUGUGAGGCAUUCCUUCCUAAUGCUUGGAAAGAGGGGGUGAAAUGAGCACGACAGGCAACUAGGCAGAGCGUGGAUGCACCCUGGUGAGGACAGACCAGCUGAUGACAAUUGUUCUCCCUGGACAAGGUAUUCUCACAGAAUACCUUCCAACAACCUGCCCGUGUUGUGCUGCAAUGGUGCACGUGUUCUACAUAGGAUUAACUCUGUAAAUUCCACGCUUGGGUUCAGGUAGGGACGCCUUAUCUUAUCUGGCCCUUUACUUAGGAUAAUGUACGAACGAGGAGCCCAUGCAACUUCUAGGAUUUCCUCAUUGAAUGUCCCGCUUACGAUGAUUUGCGAGAAAAGAUAUGGGAAAGUUGUGUCUCACGAGAUGCUGAUAUGAUGUCUAUCAUGGGCAUGGAGGAUCAGGCAUUGCUUCCUAGCGUGAUCACUAGCAUGAGAAGUCGUAGGAUUGCGCAGACAGGGUAC